UUUCACUCGGAUGUAUUUUUGUGCCGGACCUUUACUUCCGGUAAAUCAGAUAGUCGUAAAGGUGAAAGUGGCAGUUUUACUUUUUUAACUUUUUGGUUCUUGCUUGUGUUUUGAGCACGGAUCAUGGCUUCUGGGCAGAAAGCAGGAAGCCAUUUAAAACCAGAAGGGUGCUUUUAAUCAGCUGGUCGAGGGUAGAUGAGCUAAGCGGUUAGCUAACAGGUUCCCAUCAGAAGCAGAAGGACUGAGCCCCUCCAUGCCGGCACAGUGCUUCACCUGGACUUUUUAAUGGGAGGCGGCUUCCCUGGGUGGACUGUACCCCAGGGGCGAGAGCUGAGCGAGAGGCGCUGUCUGCUGGGCUCCCAUGGAGUCUUUGGCCGGCUACGUUUACAAGGCGGCCAGCGAGGGUCGGGUCCUGACGCUGGCCGCGCUGCUGCUCAACCACUCCGAGGCGGAGAGCCGCUACCUGCUGAGCUACGUCACCCAGGUGGCCGGUCAGAGAUCCACUCCGCUGAUCAUCGCUGCGCGGAACGGACACGACAAGGUGGUGCGUCUGCUGCUGGACCAUUACAGGGUGGACACGGAGCAGACGGGGACGGUCCGCUUCGAUGGCUACAUCAUCGACGGGGCCACGGCUCUGUGGUGUGCCGCUGGAGCGGGACACUUUGAGGUGGUGCACCUGCUGGUUACCCACGGUGCUAACGUCAACCACACCACCAUCACCAACUCCACCCCCCUCCGGGCCGCUUGCUUCGACGGCCGCCUGGACAUCGUCCGUUACCUGGUGGAGCACAACGCCAACAUCAGCAUCACCAACAAGUUCAACAACACCUGCCUGAUGAUCGCCGCCUACAGGGGCCACGUGGACGUGGUCCGGUUCCUGCUGGCCCAGGGGGCUGACGUCAACGCCAAGGCUCACUGCGGGGCCACGGCCCUGCACUUCGCAGCAGAGGCGGGCCACCUGGAAAUCGUGAAGGAGUUGAUGAACUCCAAGGCUGCCAUGGCGACGAACGGACACGGCAUGACGCCGCUAAAGGUGGCAGCGGAGGGCUGUAAGGCCGAUGUGGUGGAGCUGUUGAUGGCUCACGUUGACUGUGACCCUCACAGCCGCAUCGAGGCCUUGGAACUGCUGGGAGCCUCUUUUGCCAACGACAGGGAGAACUAUAACAUACAAAAAACAUAUCAGUACCUCCAUAUGGCCAUGACGGAGCGCUACCGAGACCCCGACAACCUCAUCCUUAAAGACCUGCUGCCCCCCAUCGAGGCUUACGGAGGACGCAGCGAGUGUCGGACGCUCCAGCAGCUGGAAGCUAUCCGGGUGGACAGGGACGCCCUGCACAUGGAGGGCCUCAUGAUUCGGGAGCGCAUCAUGGGCUCUGACAACAUCGACCUGUCUCAUCCCAUCAUUUAUCGAGGGGCCGUCUGCGCCGACAACAUGGAGUUCGAGCAGUGCAUCAAGCUGUGGCUGCACGCUCUUCGCCUCCGGCAGAAAGGGAACCGCAACACGCACAAAGAUCUGCUGCGCUUCGCCCAGGUCUUCUCCCAGAUGGUCCACCUGAAGGAGGCGGUGCUGGCCUCGGCAGUGGAGCAGGUCCUGAGCUGCAGCGUCCUGGAGAUCCAGCGCAGCAUGGCUCGGGUCGAUGCGGCGGCAGAGUCCGAGCUGUCGCAGACCAUGGACAACUACGAGUCCAACAUCUUCACCUUCCUCUACCUGGCCUGCAUCUCCACCAAGACCAACUGCAGCGAUGAGGAGCGUGCCAGGAUCAACAAGCACAUCUACGACCUGAUCCAGCUGGAUCCGCGGACGCGCGAAGGCUCCUCUCUGCUCCACCUGGCCAUCAGCUCCAGCACGCCCGUCGACGACUUCCACACCAACGACGUCUGCAGCUUCCCCAACGCUAAGGUGACAAAGCUGCUGCUGGACUGCGGGGCUCAGGUCAACGCCGUGGACCACGAAGGCAACACCCCCCUCCAUGUGAUCGUCCAGUACAACCGACCCAUCAGUGACUUCCUCACACUACACGCCAUCAUCAUCAACCUGGUGGAGGCCGGUGCCCACACCGACAUGACCAACAAGCAAAAGAAGACGCCGCUGGACAAGAGCACCACGGGCGUGUCGGAGAUCCUGCUGAAGACCCAGAUGAAGAUGAGCCUGAAGUGCCUGGCGGCGCGCGCCGUCCGACAGCACCAGAUCACCUACCGCAACCAGAUCCCCAAAACGCUGGAGGAGUUCGUGGAGUUCCACUGAACCGGAGCCGAGAGCCAAACCUUCUGGUGCUUUUAAAGAAUCCGGUGCUUCGCCGGGAACCUUUUUUAACAUUUGGACUUUCGUACAAAUAAUUUCUUAUUAAAUGUUAUUUUUUCAGACUAACCAAGCAAAGAGCUGCUGCCAUGUUGGAAAUAACGGUCACAGCCGCGGUCUGGUGGCGUGGCCUUGGCGCUCGGUCAUGUCUGCCACCUUAGUGUGAUCCUGAAGGGACCGAAAUGAACGAGUGCCUGUGAAGAAGAGCUGAUUAGCCUGUUUUCAUCUCAUGCAUCUUUUAGCAUUAAUACAGUUUUAUUGGAUUUAUUUAAAGAAUUUAAAGAGGCUGUAAAGAUAAAACAGAUUGCAGAUGGUGAUGCUGCACGGUCAAACCACUGGGCCAAGUUGACCUGAUUUAUAUUUAAGUUGAAAUUUGCUUUCUGGUUUUCCGUUUCUGCGACUCUGCAGUGUGUCGAACAGCAGCAGGUGUCAGAGCGAGGCGAGC